CGGCCAUUUUGAGCCGCCGCCGCCAUUGGAGUGGGCCCCCCCCUUUUUCCCCCUUCGCCUCCUGACAGGAAAGGUUUAAGGGGGACAGAGCCCUGGGAGGCCGGGCCGGGCUCGGGGGCCACCCCGGGGGCCCGGGCCAUGGAUGUGCGCCGUCUGAAAGUGAACGAACUUCGCGAGGAACUGCAGCGCCGCGGCCUGGACACUCGGGGCCUCAAGGCCGAGCUCGCUGAGCGGCUGCAGGCGGCGUUGGAGGCCGAGGAGCCCGACGACGAGCGGGAGCUCGAGGCCGACGACGAACCGGAGCGAUCCGGGCACAACAACGAGGAGGUCGAGACCGAGGGGGGCUCCGAGCUGGAGGGGACCGCGCAGCCACCGCCGCCCGGGCUGCAGCCGCACCCGGAGCCCGGCGGCUACUCGGGGCCGGACGGACAUUAUGUCAUGGACAAUAUUACCAGGCAGAACCAAUUCUAUGAAAGCCAGGCCAUCAAACAAGAGAACGAGUCAGGCUAUGAGAGGAGACAACUGGACACGGAACAGCAGCAGACCUAUCGCCCAGUAGAAGUGAAGACAGAGGUGAAGCAAGAAACACCCUCCAGCUUCAUCCCACCUGAAGCAUCUCAGCUCAAGCCAGACAGACAGCAGUUCCAGAGUCGCAAGAGGCCUUAUGAAGAAAACCGGGGACGGGGGUACUUUGAGCACCGAGAAGAUAGGAGGGGCCGAUCCCCUCAGCCUCCUGCUGAAGAGGAUGAAGAUGACUUUGAUGACACCCUCGUUGCCAUUGACACAUAUAACUGCGAUCUCCACUUCAAGGUAGCCCGAGAUCGGAGUAGUGGCUACCCACUCACAAUUGAGGGUUUUGCAUACCUGUGGUCCGGAGCCCGUGCCAGCUAUGGUGUCAGAAGGGGCCGUGUGUGCUUUGAGAUGAAGAUCAAUGAAGAAAUCUCCGUGAAGCACCUUCCAUCUACAGAGCCUGACCCACAUGUUGUCCGUAUUGGCUGGUCCCUGGAUUCCUGCAGCACCCAGCUAGGCGAAGAGCCUUUCUCCUAUGGCUAUGGAGGCACUGGGAAGAAGUCCACCAAUAGCCGGUUUGAAAACUACGGAGACAAGUUUGCAGAGAAUGAUGUGAUUGGCUGCUUUGCGGAUUUUGAAUGUGGAAAUGAUGUGGAACUCUCCUUUACCAAGAAUGGGAAGUGGAUGGGCAUUGCCUUCCGAAUCCAGAAGGACGCCUUGGCGGGUCAGGCCCUCUACCCACAUGUCCUGGUGAAGAAUUGUGCGGUGGAGUUCAACUUUGGACAAAGGGCAGAGCCCUACUGUUCCGUCCUCCCAGGCUUCACAUUUAUCCAGCACCUUCCCCUGAGCGAGAGGAUCCGGGGCACCGUUGGACCAAAGAGCAAGGCAGAGUGUGAGAUUCUGAUGAUGGUGGGCCUGCCUGCUGCCGGAAAGACCACAUGGGCCAUCAAACAUGCAGCCUCCAACCCCUCUAAGAAGUACAACAUCCUGGGCACCAAUGCCAUCAUGGAUAAAAUGAGGGUGAUGGGUCUCCGCCGUCAGCGCAACUACGCCGGCCGCUGGGAUGUGCUGAUCCAGCAGGCCACCCAGUGCCUCAACCGCCUCAUCCAGAUUGCCGCCCGAAAGAAGCGCAAUUACAUCCUAGAUCAGACAAAUGUUUAUGGGUCAGCCCAGAGACGAAAAAUGAGACCAUUUGAAGGCUUCCAGCGCAAAGCCAUUGUAAUUUGUCCCACUGACGAGGACUUAAAAGACCGAACAAUAAAGCGAACCGAUGAAGAGGGGAAGGAUGUCCCUGAUCAUGCAGUCUUGGAAAUGAAAGCCAACUUCACGUUGCCAGAUGUGGGGGACUUCCUGGAUGAGGUGUUGUUCAUUGAACUACAACGGGAGGAGGCAGACAAGUUGGUGAGACAGUACAACGAGGAAGGCCGCAAAGCUGGGCCACCCCCUGAAAAGCGCUUUGACAACCGCGGUGGUGGUGGCUUUCGGGGCCGAGGGGGUGGCGGCGGAUUCCAGCGAUAUGACAACCGAGGCCCCCCAGGAGGCAACCGAGGCGGCUUCCAGAACCGAGGAGGCGGUAGUGGUGGCGGAGGCAACUACCGAGGAGGUUUCAACCGAAGUGGAGGUGGUGGCUACAACCAAAACCGCUGGGGCAAUAACAACCGGGAUAACAACAACUCCAACAACCGAGGCAGCUACAACCGGGCUCCCCAGCAGCAGCCGCCACCACAGCAGCCGCCGCCACAACCACCCCCACAGCAGCCGCCCCCGCCACCCAGCUACAGUCCUGCUCGGAACCCGCCAGGGGCCAGCAGCUAUAACAAGAACAGCAGCAUCCCUGGCUCCAGCGCCAAUACCAGCACCCCCACUGUCAGCAGCUAUAGCCCUCCGCAGGACCCUUUGUUUCCCCCCGUUAUGCAGCCGAGUUACAGCCAGCCACCCUACAACCAGGGAGGCUACAGCCAAGGCUACACAGCCCCUCCGCCUCCGCCUCCGCCACCACCUGCCUACAAUUAUGGGAGUUAUGGUGGCUACAACCCGGCACCCUACACCCCACCGCCACCCCCUGCCGCACAGACCUACCCACAGCCCAGCUAUAACCAGUAUCAGCAGUAUGCCCAGCAGUGGAACCAGUACUAUCAGAACCAGGGCCAGUGGCCGCCAUACUACGGGAACUAUGACUAUGGAAGCUACUCCGGGAGCACACAAGGCGGCACGAGCACACAGUAGCUAGUGCCCCGUGGUCCCCAGAAGCCUCCACUGGCUUUCUCCACCAGCGCCCACCUUGGCUGCCAUGCCCACCCCCAGCAGGUCCUACAGUGCUGGGGGACAGAGUCAUCCCAGGGCUGUCUCCUCUCUGAGAGGCUCCCUCAUACUGGGCUGGGCAUUUUUCUCUGAAUUCAAACAAGCAACAAUGACCUUUUCUUUUCUCUUUGUCAUCCCCUCUCCUUUUUGACUAAAGAGUCCCCCUCCCUUGGUCAUCCAGUGAGGCUGCAGUGGCUGAGAGGAGGGCCCCUUCUUUCUGCUCCUCCCAACCCUGCUCCAGACCCUCAGCUUCCCAGACUCUCAUGCAGUUGGUUGUAAAUUCUUCCAAGAGCUGUUUUACUGUCUACUUUUCAGGAUUUAAAAAAAAAAAAUCAAAAACCUUUAAAAAAAAAAAAAAAAGGAAAGAAACCACAGACACAAGUUUAAAAUGCAGAAUGCAGAGGGAGGAAGCAGUGACAGAUUUUUUUGUUUGUAAUUAUGCUUUUUUUUAAUUUUUAGAAUUUGUCCAUUUUUAUUGUGGGUCGGCUGUUGAUAUUUCAUCAGGAUAAUUUCUGAGUUCAGGUGACAGAGGAAGAGCCACACCCUCAAAACAAAACAAAACACACACACACACACACACACACAACCACAGAAUCAUCUUUGACCUAACUUUUUAUACAAUGUCUCAGUUUCCCAUAACUUUGCACACAAGCUUCUGUGUUCAGUUGGAUUGUAACUGCUUUUUGUAUUUGGAGAGAGUGACUAUUGAACUUGAAACCUUUUA